AUGACUUCUAUCAAAGGCCCCGGCGCUGCCCAGACCCACGAUGGCUCUGAGCUCCGCGUUGCAAUCGUCCACGCCAGGUGGAACACAGUCAUCAUCGAACAACUAGUGUCAGGAGCAAAGAAGAACCUCCUCGCAGCCGGCGUGAAGGCGGAAAACAUCACAGUUCAGACAGUUCCAGGCAGUUACGAGCUGCCUCUCGCAGUGCAACGCCUCUAUGCCGCUUCCCAGCUCCAGGCCAACUCCUCCGGCGAGGGCAUCAGCGCCACCGACCUCCUGGCAUCGCCCACCGAAGUGUCCGGCUCAACCGAGUCCACAAGCUCUAAGAAGCCUUUCGAUGCUAUCAUUGCCAUCGGUGUCCUCAUCAAGGGCGCUACGAUGCACUUUGAAUAUAUCGCUGACGCUGUCAGCCACGGGCUCAUGCGUGUGCAGCUUGAUUCUGGUGUUCCUGUCAUCUUUGGAUUGCUCACUGUUCUGACGGAGCAGCAGGGAUUAGAACGGGCUGGUCUCGGAAACAGUGGUAUGCACAACCAUGGUGAGGACUGGGGUAGUGCUGCUGUGGAGUUGGGUUUGAAGAGGAAGGAGUGGUCUGAGGGCAAGAUUUUGUAA